AGCCGGGCCAGGUGAUGGAUUUAUGGAGCUGCGAAAACUACACUACUUCUGAGGCAGUACUCCAUGAGAUGAUUGCUUUCGGGGAGCACAGGUAGUUGGCUGUUGGAGCUGCUCACUCAAACACACACCAGUAGGAACCCCCACUGUCACAAAAGCACACAUCCAAAAAUAUCCAAAUCCCUUCAAAGACCCUCCAGUACCAAAUUGAAGCGUGUAUCAAAUUCGAGCCCAAUGGACGGCGAUCAACUGGAAUGCCGGAGUGCCAGCAGCGAGCAGGAGCUGGCCCACAGCCGCUGUCGCCGAAAGGCCGUUCACUUUGCCUCCGUCGGGGACUUCCUCUCGAGCCUCAACAUCAACGACACCUCGCUGAGCUCCCUGCAGGGCCUGCGGACCCUGACCCUGGAGGACUACCUGCGCUCCAUGCGGAAUCCGGAGCGGAUGUCGCCCUCGCCCCCGGGCGACGGCAAUCGGCGGUUGAACGGCAAGGCCCCUCGGAAGAUGCGACUCGGCCGGGAGGACUUCAACCGUCAGCGCGAGCCCGGGAGUCGCCUCGGAGGAUCUCCGGACGAAGCGGCCUACAUCCCCCAGUACACCGACAAGUUCUGUAUCUGACGGGCCGCUUCCCUCCGAAGAGCCCCUCAACAUCAAGCCUGCCUCUAGCUUUUAGUGAACAGCGCGUUGAGCCGUGGACCCUUUAGUCUAAGACGCAUCCUUUGAUUUUACCCUCUCUUGUUUUAAAUUAUAAAAGCUAGUCCAACA